AAAAAAAAGAAAGAAAAGAAAAUGCACCACCCCAGAUCAAAAUCAAGCAGUUUUCAAGUAAGCUUUGAGAAGAAGACAACCUUUUUUUAAAACAGUUUUCGAAACAUAUCAGUUUUAGGCUGCAAAACAGAUAAUUUUGCAGAAAAAUGAGGGAUUUUCCAUCAUGUUUUGGUGAAAAUGGUGUUCAAGUAGCUGAUUCAUCAUCAUCAUCAUCAAAUGCUAGUAAAAAUGCACAGAAUUUAGUUACCUGUGUUUAUCAAUGUCGAAUUCGAGGUAGAUCUUGUUCGUUAACUGUUACUUGGAGCAAGAGUUUAAUGGGGCAAGGCUUGAGUGUUGGUGUUGAUGAUUCUUCUGCAAAUCAGUGCCUUUGUAAAGUUGAUAUAAAGCCUUGGUUGUUCUCUAAGAGAAAAGGGUCCAAGAGGUUAGAAGCGAAUUCGUGUAAAAUCGAUGUUUAUUGGGACCUUUCGGUGGCGAAAUUCGGUUCUGGACCGGAACCAACGGAAGGGUUUUAUGUCGGUGUUGUUGCCGAUAUGCAAAUGAUAUUGCUUCUUGGAGACAUGAGGAAAGAAGCUUACAAGAAGACUAGUGCGAGUCCUUCUCCUUCUGAUGCCCUUUUCGUGGCCAAAAAGGAACAUGUUUUCGGCAAGAGGGUAUUCGGUACUAAGGCGCGGUUCUGCAAUAACGGUCGAAUUCAUGAUCUGAUGAUUGUAUGCGACACGAUCGGUGUCAAUGAUCCGUGCCUUAUGAUUCGCGUUGAUGGAAAGACUUUGAUGCAAGUGAAGCGGCUACGGUGGAAAUUCCGAGGGAACUGUACCAUUUUGGUUGAUGGAAUGGCUGUAGAUGUUUAUUGGGAUGUCCACAAUUGGCUCUUUGGAACAUCGGUCGGAAAUGCUGUUUUUAUGUUCAAGGCAUUGCCCGCCAUGGAUGAUAAGUUGUGGAUUAGCCAACCAAUACCUAAUCCGAGUACGUUGCAGUGGUCUUUCUCGCAGCUGUUUCAAGAUUCCAUGUCACGAAAUCUGGGCUUUUCACUGGUUUUGUAUGCUUGGAAGAAUGAGUAGGACAGAAAGUGCUAACGAAAAACUUAUAUCGAGUGGUGAUGUUUAUCUACUCUAUUUAUCAAUCACAGUUUAUUUGAUUGAAAACGGAUACAUUCGGUUUUCAUUUUUCGUUCUUAGUCGGCUGUAUAUCCUCGAUACAUUAGUUUGAUUCUCGAUGCUUGUUAUACAAAUUGAAUUUCUUCAAUGGAUAGUUGUUGAAAUCUUCUUCCAGCUGCAGUUUGAAUCGGUUUUGCAGGUGAUGAAUCAUCGACUAGCUGAGUUCAAAUCUCCUCGAAGCAUUAUCGGUAUGUUCUUAGCUGCAAGUAUGCCCUAGCUAAAGUCAACAUGAAUUUGUUUAAUUUGUUUCGAUUUCUUUUUUUUUUUCGUAGUUUUUUAAGCUGAUUUUACGAAUCUGUUGGAACCUAUAUUACUUCAACUCUUACGUUUUCUUGAAGUACCAAUGUCCAAUGCAUAUCCAGGAAUCAGUAAGGGAAAUGAUUAUCCUAGGAACACUUACACCCACGUCCGAGUAACAUAUGUCGGAAUUAUUGUGCUCGGUAAAUUCCAGUUAUUCGAAAACUAAUUUAAAGUUUG